UUCUUUUACUGGUUUGCAUUUUUAACGGUUUAAUGUGUUUCACGAGCAAAAAUCUGUACAAUACUGGAAGUGAUCAGGGGGCGGGGCAGGGGGAGAGCAGCUGAGCUGGACUCGUUUCUUUGCAUUUCAUCAUAAAGCUUUUAAUGGAUUUUUUCCCCCUUUUGGGCUCCGUUUAAACGUCAGCUGUUUUAAAACCCAGCAAAACGAUUUUUUCCCUUCGUGUUACGUUAGCUGAGGUGAAGGGCGACACUGAAUGUCUAGUUUAGAUGUAAAGUCUUUUUUUUUUUUUUUUUAAAUGUCUGAUGCAAUUGAGGUCUUGGAACAGGAAUGGGGCUGUGGUUGUCUGGUCGCGGAUAGCGAGUGGGGGGUCCAGUUAAGGUAAGGGUAGCAUGAAUUUUCCGGAGGUGAGAAAGGGUGGAAAGCUUAUAUUUUCAGUAGGUUUUAUUGCGUGAAGUGGCAAAAUGUGCAAAGUUGUUGUCCUUGCAACCUCUCCUUUGCUGUUGUCUUAAAACUGUAAAAAGGGGGAGAAAAACUUCCUGUACCUUCUUGGCAAAUCAGCAGGCUUUGUUGGUGGUGCCGGCGUGUUUUCAAUGCAUUUUUAUGUGAGAUUAUUACAUCAGGUUGAUAAUUUUUGUAGCUGCCGAAUUUCUCCUCCUCCUCCCCCCCUCUCCCCGCCUUGUGUUUUGUGCGGAUUUCUCUGGCUCGCUUGGAGUGAAUGAACUGGCGAUCUGCAAAGUUGCAAAGAGCCCCUCCGCCCCCUGUUUUGCAUCCUUCUCUCUCCCCUUUGCACUGUUCUGCAGAUGACAAAAGGAGUAAACUUCCUCUACUUUUGCUGGCACAUUAAGAGGGCUUUCUGGAGAGAUUACGGUAUCAAAGCCUUGCAUCUGCCUGCAGUUAGUCUGCUGUUGGAGCGUUUGCAGCAGUUUGGGGGAGAGCACGCGAGUGAUGUGUGCAAAAGCACAGAGGUUGCUUUGCAUCUUGGCUGUACCUUGCUGCCUUGUUUUGUGUCCUCCCGGAGCGCUGGGUGAAAGCAGAAAGCUUUGCAUGCGGCCGCGCUACCCGAUUGCUUUUGUUUCAAUAUUUUGGUCGGGAGGAAAGGUGUGAGAUGCAUUUUUCACAAGUUGCAAAAGGCGCCCGGCCUCUUGAUGUUGAUUACGGGCUGUUUUUUUUUCCGUUAAGAGGAAGGGAGUUACGUGCUUGUCUGUUUUUCGUGUUUUAAUUGUGGUUGUUUUUUAUUUUUUAUUUUUUUUACUUUUGGUUUAGUUUCAGGUCUUGGGAGCACCUCUCUUCCCUUUGGUGGAAAUACCCAUAAAACCUGCCUCUAACACAAUUGCCCAAGCCAGGAGUCCGCGAGAAGACCCGUAAUGCCAGGAAUGGUCAGUAAAAACCCAGACCUCGAGUUUGACUCUUUGCAGCCCUGUUUCUACCCGGACGAAGAUGAUUUUUAUUUGUGCGGGCCGGACUCUGCUCCCCCAGGGGAAGACAUCUGGAAAAAGUUUGAGCUGCUGCCCACCCCCCCGCUGCCCCCCAGCCGGGCCGGGCUCCAGGAGCACCCGCCGGGGCGCGGUGCGUGCCCUGCCGGAGGCCCCUUCGGGCAGCGCCGGCCGCCGGUGCCAUCCUCCUUGGAGGAGGAGGAUGACGUGGGUGCCCUUGCACAUGAUUUUGGAGGGCCGGAGCAGGCUCGUGACCCCGCAGAGGAAAGCUUGGCUUCGCACUGGCAGGCUCUUAAAAUGCCCGGAAGCAUCUCUCCUGUCCGCACGGGCAGAAAAGUCCGUCUGGGUUGGUGUUUGUUCCAAGUAUUUUCUAUGAGAAUAACAUAUAUUUUCCAUUUUGUAUUGCCAAAAGAUGAUGAGGAAGAGGAUGAAGAAGAAGAAAUCGAUGUUGUGACAGUGGAGAAAAGGCGUUCUUCCUCUAACAAGGCUGUUACCACGCUUACUAUUACAGUGCGUCCUAAAAAUACCGCUUUUCCGUCGGUCAGGACACAGCAGAAUGAACUGAUUUUAAAGCGUUGUGCACCAAUUCACCAGCAGCAUAAUUACGCCGCUCCUUCUCCGUAUAUGGAGAGUGAAGAUGCUCCACCACCGAAAAAGUUAAAAACCGAGGUGCCCCGUCCAGUGAAACCCACGAUCCAACCAAAGCCUAAGAGUUCAAGUCCUCGAAAUUCUGACUCAGAGGAUAGUGAACGUCGACGUAACCAUAAUAUCCUGGAGCGUCAACGGCGCAACGAUCUGCGGUCAAGUUUUCUCACGUUAAGGGACCAUGUUCCAGAACUGGUUAAAAAUGAGAAAGCUGCAAAAGUUGUGAUCUUGAAAAAAGCCACUGAAUAUGUCCAUUCCCUUCAGGCAGAGGAGCAGAAGUUAUUGCUAGAAAAAGAAAAAUUGCAAGCCAGACAACAACAAUUGCUAAAGAAAAUGGAAUACAAGCGGACUUGCUAAACUUUUUUUUUUUUUUUUUUUUUUUUUUUUUUUGGCUGACCAGGACAGUCAUUGCCACUUUGCACAUUUUUGAUUCUUUAAAAAAAAUUGUGUUUUUUGACGUUAAGAAUGUUGGUUUUACUUUCGAUCCAGUCCCUGAAGUAGUCGACAAACUAUAUUAUCCGGGUACGGAGCAAAUGGAUGUUCUUGCAAGGAUUUUAUUGCAAGACUACCAAACAACAAUGGACUGCCUUUGUUUUUCUUCUUAAGAACUGUAGAUGGUGGGAUUUUUUUUUUUUUUAUUGUUGUGAGCAUUUGGAGCUGCUGAUGACAUCUAGUUGAGUUUAAAAAUGUUCAUUCCUAAUUUUUAUGGUGCUUAUGUUCUAACAGAUGUUACUUUAGGGGUUGGCAUUUGUACCCCUGUGGGAAUUUUCUGUAAAUACCAUCUACACACUUGCCUUUUGUACAUGUCUUGGGUUAUGAGAGGUGGCUUUUGCUACCGGUAUUAGACUGGAAGUUCAUACCUAAGUACUGUAAUACCUCAAUGUUUGAGGAGCAUGUUUUUGUAUACAAAUAUAUUGUUAAUCUCUGUUAUGUACUGUACUAAUUCUUACAUUGCCUGUAUACUUUAGUAUGAUGCUGAUACAUAACUAAAUUUGAUACUUAUAUUUUCGUAUGAAAAUGAGUUGUGAAAGUUUUGAGUAGAUAUUACUUUAUCACUUUUUUGAACUAAGAAACUUUUGUAAAGAAAUUUACUAUAUAUGCCUUUUCCUAGCCUGUUUCUUCCAGUUAAUGUAUUUGUUAAUGUUUGGUGCAUAGAACUGGGUAACUGCAAAGUUCUGUGUUUAAUUUCUUCCAACGAUGUACAUUUAGUGCUGCGUCUUAUAGCACUUUGAAAUACCUCAUGUUUAUGAAAAUAAAUAGCAAUUACAUGA